GAAAAAAGAAGGAGAAAAAAAGCCGUAAAAAAAAAGAAAGUGCCAUUGGCCAUCAGGUAUGUGAGUCUAAAGCCUGAGUUGGAAAUAAAGCCUUGGAAGUCCCUUUCUGCGCUACCUACAGAGGGGCCCACGUGGCGUUGUUCUGGAUUCCCGUCGUAACUUAAAGGGAAACUUUCACAAUGUCCAGAGCCCUUGAUGUCCUGCGAAUGAAGGAGGAGGAUGUCCUUAAGUUCCUUGCAGCAGGAACCCACUUAGGUGGCACCAAUCUUGACUUCCAGAUGGAACAGUACAUCUAUAAAAGGAAAAGUGAUGGCAUCUACAUCAUAAAUCUGAAGAGGACCUGGGAGAAGCUUCUGCUGGCAGCUCGUGCUAUUGUUGCCAUUGAAAACCCUGCUGAUGUCAGUGUUAUAUCCUCCAGGAAUACUGGCCAGAGUGCUGUGCUGAAGUUUGCUGCUGCCACUGGAGCCACUCCAAUUGCUGUCCGCUUCACUCCUGGAACCUUCACUAACCAGAUCCAGGCAGCCUUCCGGGAGCCAGGGCUUCUUAUGGUUACUGAUCCCAGGGCUGACCACCAGCCUCUCAUGGAGGCAUCUUAUGUUAAUCUACCUACCAUCGCGCUGUGUAACACAGAUUCUCCUCUGCGCUCUGUGGACAUUGCCAUCCCAUGCAACAACAAGGGAGCUCACUCAGUGCGUUUGAUGUGGUGGAUGCUGGCUCGGGAAGUUCUGCGCAUGUGUGGCACCAUUUCCCAUGAACACCCAUGGGAGAUCAUGCCUGAUCUCUGCUUCUACAGGGAUCCUGAAGAGAUUGAAAAAGAAGAGCAGGUGGCUGCUGAAAAGGCGGUGACCAAGGAGGAAUUUCAGGGUGAAUGGACUGCUCCAGCUCCUGAGUUCACUGCUACUCAGCCUGAGGUUGCAGACUGGUCUGAAGGUAUACAGGUGCCCUCUGUGCCUAUUCAGCAGUUCCCUACUGAACGUUGGAGCACUCAGCCUGCCACAGAAUACUGGUCUGCAGCUCCCACUGCUCAGGCCACUGAAUGGGUAGGAGCAACCACCGAAUGGUCUUAAGCUGU